AUGGCUCGUACAAAGCAAACAGCUCGCAAAUCUACCGGCGGCAAGGUUCCAAGGAAGCAACUCGCCACCAAGGCUGCCAGAAAAUCUGCACCCACAACCGGUGGAGUCAAGAAGCCUCAUCGUUAUCGCGCUGGUACCGUUGCUCUUCGUGAGAUUCGUAAAUACCAGAAGAGCACAGAGCUUUUGAUCCGGAAGCUUCCAUUCCAGCGUCUUGUCCGUGAGAUAGCUCAAGAUUUCAAGACCGAUCUGAGAUUCCAGAGCCAUGCGGUUCUUGCACUUCAGGAAGCAGCAGAGGCAUAUCUUGUUGGUUUGUUUGAGGAUACGAAUUUGUGCGCAAUUCAUGCUAAGAGGGUUACCAUUAUGCCCAAGGAUAUUCAAUUGGCCCGCCGUAUCCGCGGUGAACGUGCUUAG